UCCGCGACGCGGGCGAUUUGGAGGAAUGGCGGCCGCUUGGUCUUCCAGUUGUUGCAAGGGAUGCUCUUCUACAAGCUGUACGUGUGGCGGUGACAAGGGCAAGUGGAGCGACUCCUCUCUGUUGGGCAGGCGGCUCUCGGAAGAUUCGAACCGUCACCAGCUGCUGCAGAAGUGGGCAAACAUGUGGAACUUCGUGAGCGGAGACGCGUCGGUGGCCUGUGCAGAGGGGACGCGGCGCGAGGAGGCUGCGGAACCCGCCGAGGAGGAGGAUAGGCCGCUGGUGUUUCUGUGCUCCGGCUGCAGGCGGCCACUGGGCGACUCGCUGAGCUGGGUGACGAGCCAGGAGGACACCAACUGCAUCCUGCUGCGCUGUGUUUCCUGUAAUGUUGCUGUGGAUAAGGAACAGAUACUAUCCAAACGUAAAAAUGAAAAUGGUUGCAUUCUGGAGGCCCUCUCCUGCACGGGGUGCUCGCUCAGGCUUGGCUACGUGUACAGGUGCACACCCAAGAGCCUAGACUACAAGAGAGACUUGUUUUGCCUCAGUGUGGAAUCCAUUGAAAGUUAUAUUUUAGGGUCCUCGGAAAAGCAAAUUGUGUCAGAAGAUAAAGAACUUUUUAAUCUCGAGAGCAGAGUUGAAAUAGAAAAGUCUCUAAAGCAGAUGGAAGAUGUUUUGAAAGCCUUACAAACGAAGCUCUGGGAGAUUGAAUCAAAAUUGUCCUUUGCCAGUUGCAAAAGCUGAAAUCUUCUAAGCGCCCCCACUCUGGACUCCCUGCUGACGGGCACUUCCUUCAUAUGUAGCAGUUCUGGUUAUCAUUUGAUUUCACCUAGAAUGGAAGGAGUUCUAAAGGGCUGUAUGCAUAUUCUCUUGUAUUGAUCAAGUGAGAAGAAUUGUAGAACUACUUUACAAUAUAAUAAAUGGUAAAGAGAUGGUUA